AUGAUGCAGUUUGGUAGCGAUCGCGGUGUCGCUUUGCCGUGUUCGAGUAAUUCCGUGCAAUCGACGAAUAGCCCGUCAUCGGCCGCACCCGCACCAAUCCGAAAACGACGUUUCAGCAGUGCAAAAAUUCAACCGGUACGUUUGAGGAAAUGA